AUGACGUGUAAAUAUGACGUGUACAAAUAUGGCGUCAAGUACUAGUCGAAGUACUGAUGUAUAAUUUCGAUAACUGAAAUUUAAUUUUAUUUAUUUACUAUGUAACAAUUCAUGACAUCACUGUAUUACAUAGUUUAAAAAAAAAAACUAUAAAGAAGACUGAAAACUUUUAAUUGUGCAUAAUAGUUGUACAUUAGUGAUUACUUAUUACUUAGGUAUGGAUCCAGAAUUUCUUUCUAGAUUAAUACCACAAAACAAAGAGCACGUACGUCCAGCAUGCAAAAAGUGUGGAUAUGCUGGACAUCUUACAUACCAAUGUCGUAAUUUUAUCAAAGUUGAUCCAAACAAGGAGAUUGUUUUGGAUGUUAGCAGUACUAGUUCAGAUAGCGAUGAAAAUUAUGUGACCCCUUUGACUGAAUUACGUGAAAAGGAAUUAAAAAAGAAGCUACAGGAAGCUAAGAAGAAACAUAAAGAAAAGAAAAGUAAAAAAAAAUCUAAGAAACGUAAAAGAUCAACACAAAGUGACAGUGAAUCAGAAACAGAACUUUCUAAUGACGAAGAAAGGAAACAUAAGCAUAAGAAGAAAAAAAGGAAAUCAAAACAUAAAAAACAAAAGAAACAUAAAAAAGAUAAUUUAUCAGAGAGCGAUAAUGAUGAUAAGAAAAGAUAAUUUCUUUUCAUUUACACCCACCCGAAUGUAUAUAUUUUACUCAAAUUAUAAAUACAAUGUACAUAAGUAAUAUUGUACCGUUUGUAAAUAAACAUGUAUAAAAUUAUUUAUUUUUAUGUAAAUAAAAUGUAUCGAAUAAUAAUUCA